AUGCGAGCGCUAGAAGAUGGUGAGCAUUCCCCUGGAGAUCGUUACCCUCUCGUAAUGCGGGCCACACAUGUUUACGACGCGCCUAACAACAAUAGUAGCAAUGAUGAUAAUAAUAAUAAUAAUGUGGGGUUCCAUGAAACGGCUCCAGUGCGUGUGUUGGCUGUGGCGCCGUACAAGUUCACAUUCAGCGCCCCUGUGAAAGGCCGUUGGCUCGGGCUUCCUCUUUUGACUUUGUUCGCGAAGGAGUUUGCAUACAUCCCGCCAGUCGCGGCAGGCAAUGAAACGCCGCGGGCUAGUCGCGACCCCCGCGUCACCAUCCCCGCGUAUGUGGAGGAGCUCCGCAAAGGUCUUCUUUGCUUGCGUGGGCGGGAAGAAGAAUGCCGAGCCGCCGGCGACGCAUAUGCCGACGAACUCCGCCAUCUACGCCCAUUGCCCCGGCCCAAUGAAAAUGCCGAUGCGACACGAGGGUCGCCGGUAGAGGGCAUGGCAACGUGCUCAGACGCGGAGACCAUGACUCUGCUGCUUAGCGCCGUGUCACCACGCCUCUUGCUGCGGCAGAAGGACGUUAUUUUACAUCAUGUGCUCCGUCGUGAGGCGCCCAUGCCAGACGGUGACCCGGUGCACAUUCUGCGCUACGACCACGUCCCUUGCGGGUCGCCACCUCGCCGGCUGCUCUUUGUUCGCAAACCUCACGGGUUACCGGUACAUCCCUCCGGUCGCUACCGCAAGAACUCUGUGACGUCCAUCUUGGAGGACGUCUUUGGGGGAACCGAUGCCCACCGCUACCGCGCCAUCCCGCUAAAAAAGGAGGAGGACAAGAGGAGGAAUGUGCCGCAACCAGCGGACGGCGUGGAGUGCAUGGCGAUCCGCCACAAACGGUACGAUUUUGAACUCGUCCGUGUUUGGGUUGGGGACGGUUAUGUGACCCGUGACGCGUGGGAGGAGUUACGCUCACGGAUGACACGGCAAACUCCGCACGGGCUGAAGGUCUUUGUGGUGCAUCGUCUUGAUGCUGCCACAAGCGGUGUUUUGCUCUUCGGUCUGGACUCGCGCAGCGCCCGCAUGACAGCCGAGCUCAUGGCGCAGAAGGGUGUCCCGGAUGACAAGGACGCAUUCAUGCCAGUGGCUGGAUGCACAAAGCAGUACAUUGCACGUGUACACGGCCGCUUUUGUGUUGACAAGUUGGCAGAGACACAACACCACUGCACCUACGGUGACCGCAAGCUUUUCGCUUCAUCUUCUCUGAAUGAGAGCUUGGGAAAACUUAGCGCCAGGCCCGCGUGUUGGCUGCGGGUGGAUCGUUUAAUUGGAUGUUUGUCGUACCACAAGAGUCUCUACUGGUGUCCCGAUGCCGCGCUCACAGAGUCUUGGUUGAAUGAAAAGGAAAAAUGGGAGAAGGACGCGAAGGAGCAACAGCAGAGCGCGUCUAUGGUGAAGGGGCAUGCAGCAGGGCGAAAGCGGGGCGCACCUUUUGGCGACGCCGCCGCCCUGGAAGCCAAACACGAACGCAUGCGGCAGUUGACUCGUGGCGGGCGCGCAAAAGCAACAGCAGCAAGCGAUGGAGAGGUGAACAAUGACAGCAGGCACCCGGUGGAAAGUACCUCGAAAAUUCAGAUGCAACGACUGAAGGAAAGUAUGAAGCAGGCGAUUACACUCAUUCGCCUUCUUGCGUACGAUGCCGCAUGUGAUGAAUCCGUGGUAGAGUGUCUUCUCCUUACCGGCCGUACGCAUCAAGUGCGUGUUCACUUGGCCUCAUUGGGCCACCCGAUCCGCGGGGACAAGAAGUACAUUCGCCUCGCCGCCGAUUCCCCUUCCAUUCCUUUGCGAACAGACUUGAGGGACGAAGAGGAGGAGGACGAGGAGGAGGAGGAGGAAGAGUCAAAGGGAUAUCUGUCGUCUCACGGUAUUUUCUUGCAUGCGUGGCGCUACACUCUCCGUUACGCUGCCGGUGAGGCACCGGAGGUGCUGGAGGCACCGCCACCCGCGUGGGCUCUAACCGGCGAAGAAGGAGGAGCGAUCACUGAUCCGAUGGCAUCUUCCUGCGUGUAA